AUGGGUCUAUUCGGCCACAUGCGCAUCCACGAGAGCGGAAUUGACCACAAUUCCGAUACAGCCACGACAUCCAACACAUCCACCACGCCCCGACCCAUCCUCGCUCCACCGUCGCACGCGCCGACCACCACCACUAACACCACUGCUUCCUCUACAGCUGACACCGACACCGCCGACCUCUCAUGCCCACAUUGUCCACGCACCUUCACCUCACGCAUCGGCCUGGUCGGUCACUUGCGAAUCCAUCGCACAGUGACUGGCGAACCAGUGCCUGGAGCACCAACCUACACCCACCGCACUCGCCUCCACUGCCCUCGCACCUUCACGCAUCGCAUGGGUCUAUUCGGCCACAUGCGCAUCCACGACGACCUGCGGUAG